AUGGAGCCCAGGGCGGCCCGCUCUCGGAGGAGGGCAGGGUCGAGAAGAGAGCAGGAGGACCGGCCGGCCGGCGGAGGAAAUGCUGAGGUGCUUGGAGGCCCUGACUUGGUGCAAUGGACUCAACAUAUGGAGGCUGUGAAGGCGCAGCUGCUGGAGCAAGCACAGAGCCAGCUGCAGGAGUUGCUGGAUCGCGCCAUGUCCGAGGCCGUGCAAUCCUACCCACCACAAGGCAGACCUCUGCCCACUAUUCCUCCAGAUUCCCCGAACAAUAUCCAGAAGCCAUCCCUGAAGAAAGGAAAAGUUUUCAUCAAUCGCAAGUCCCUGCUGGAUGAGCUGAUGGAGGUGCAGCACUUCCGGACCAUCUACCACAUGUUCAUCGCAGGCCUGUGUGUCUUCAUUAUCAGCACCGUGGCCAUCGACCUCAUUGACGAGGGCAGGCUGAUGCUGGAGUUCGACCUAUUGAUCUUCAGCUUCGGACAGCUGCCCUUGGCUCUGAUGACAUGGGCCCCCAUGUUCCUGUCCACUCUGCUGGUGCCCUACCAGGCCCUCUGGCUGUGGGCGAGGCCCCAGGCUAGCGGGGCCUGGGCGCUGGGGGCGGGCCUGGGCUGCGUGCUGCUGGCCGCUCACACCGCAGUGCUCGGCAUACUCCCGGUCCACGUGGCUGUGAAGUAUCAGCUCCCGCCAGCCUCCAGCUGUGUCCUGGUCUUUGAGCAGGUCAGAUUUCUGAUGAAAAGCUACUCCUUCCUGAGAGAGGCUGUGCCUGGGAUCCUUCGUACCAAAGGAGGUGAGGGGGUCCGGGCCCCCAGUUUCUCCAGCUACCUCUAUUUCCUCUUCUGCCCCACACUUAUCUACAGGGAGACUUACCCCAGGACACCCAACAUCAGGUGGAAUUAUGUGGCCAAGAACUUUGCUCAGGCCCUGGGCUGCGUCCUCUAUGCCUGUUUCAUCAUGGGCCGCCUCUGUGUUCCCGUCUUUGCCAACAUGAGCCGGGAGCCCUUCAGCACCCGCGCCCUGGUGCUCUCGGUCAUGCACGCCACAUUGCCAGGCAUCUUCAUGCUGCUGCUCAUCUUCUUCGCCUUCCUCCACUGCUGGCUCAACGCCUUCGCGGAGAUGCUACGAUUUGGAGACAGGAUGUUCUACCGGGACUGGUGGAACUCCACGUCCUUCUCCAACUACUACCGCACUUGGAACGUGGUGGUCCAUGACUGGCUGUACAGCUAUGUGUACCAAGAUGGGCUGUGGCUCCUUGGUGGCCAGGCCCGACGGGCAGCCAUGCUGGGCGUGUUCCUGGUCUCUUCAGUCGUCCAUGAGUAUAUCUUCUGCUUUGUCCUGGGCUUCUUCUACCCUGUCAUGAUGAUACUGUUCCUGGUCAUUGGAGGACCGAUGAACUUCAUGAUGCAUGACCGGCACACGGGCCCAGCGUGGAAUGUGCUAAUGUGGACCAUGCUGUUUCUGGGGCAGGGCAUCCAGGUCAGCCUGUACUGCCAGGAGUGGUAUGCACGGCGGCACUGCCCUCUGGCCCAGACAACUUUCUGGGGGCUGGUGACACCUCGAUCCUGGUCCUGCCAUACCUAG